AUGUUUCAAGUCCAGACUGCGCCAUAUGGGCGCUGGGAGAGCCCACUUACCGCAGAGCGCAUGGCUACGGAAAACAUCGCACUCUAUGAAACAGCCGUCGAUGAGCCAACUGGUGCGAUCUAUUCUGUCGAACUACAUCCAACCGAAGAUGGUCGACAUGCGAUCAUGCAGCACCUCAACGGCGAAGUGCGGGAUAUUCUGCCCAACGAAUUCAGCGCUGCCGGUACGGUCCAAGAGCUAGGAGGCGGCUCCAUUGAACUGCGCCGGGAUGGCAAAAUCAUAUUUGUCGAUGAAGACACCUGCAACGUCCACCUGCUGGACCCAACUACGAGCGAGACUGAGCUUGUGCGGAAAGCUGAGGAAGGCGUCCGGUAUGCGGAUUUCAGCUCCCACCCCACGCGUCCCGCUUGGAUUGUAGCCAUCAAGGAGGAUCAUCGCGAAGCUACUCCAGAGACUCAGGCAACCGAUGUUCACAACACUCUGGUUGCAUUCAAUGCCGAAUCUGGACAGGAAACAACGAUCGCACAGGGGGAUGAUUUCUACUCCCACCCUCGAUUUGACCCGUCGGGUAAAUUCGUCUCUUGGAUUCAAUGGUCGCAUCCUGAUAUGCCCUGGACGGGGACGAUUCUCCAUUACGCUGAGUGGGAUAACGGGUCUCUGGCGAAUGACAGGGCUAUUGCAGGAAAAGCCGAGGAAGAAAGCAUUGCUCAGCCUCGAUGGGGGCUGGACGGGCAAUUGUACUUUGCCAGUGACUGUACUGGCUUUUGGCAGCUUUAUUCUUUCAAUCCAACAGAACAAAACAUAACCCGCUUGCCAUUGGGUCAAUUCAAGCAGUCCGGCUUUGCAGUUGCUGAAUGGGAACUGGGAAGACAUACAUAUAUCUUUCUAGACGAAACGACGAUCGUGGCUCAUGUCAUCACACGUGCCACAGGCCAGCUUGUGCUCAUAGACACGGCCUCCAUGUCAAUCCGACAGCUUGAUCUUCCCUACGUCUCUGUAUAUGAGCUCCGUCGGGUAUCGCCAGACUCAUUCUCGGUCGUCGGUGCUUCAACAACGUUCCCCGAAGAACUAGCAGUAAUCAAAAUCACGCCAUCCUCUGAUGUGACAAGACGUGUCCUCCGUUCCACAGCAAGUAACCCGUUGGAGUCGAAUUACAUAUCAAUCGCGAAAGAGAUGACCGCUCCUCAGAAAUAUGGGCCUUUGACCGAUGGCCAAGUUCACAUGUUCUACUACGAACCUCGCAAUCCUCGCUACCGAGGCGAGACUGACACCCGUCCGCCAUGUCUCGUUAGUGUUCAUGGAGGCCCGAAUUCGAACGUCGACCCCGGCUUGAACCUCGAAAUCCAGUACUGGACUACGCGCGGCUAUGCGGUCUGCGAUGUGAACUAUACCGGCUCUACCGGCUACGGACGAGAGUAUCGAGAGCGACUGUCUGGGUAUUGGGGUCUUGUCGACGUCGGAGAUGCGGUCAGUGCAGUAGACUUUUUGGGGAACGAUGGCCUCAUUGAUAAGGCCAAAGUCGGAAUAUUCGGUGGCAGUGCUGGUGGAUAUCUGGCUCUCCGGGCAUUGCAUAUGUACCCGGAGAUUUGGGCCGCAGGCGUUAGCUCUUAUGGUAUCAGUGAUGUACGGGCACUGCAGGCGGACUCGUAUAAAUUUGAAAGCCAGGACGUGGAUCGGCUGUUGCUGAGCAAGACCGAGCCGAAGGAGCGAGAGCAGGAGCUCACGAAUCGUAGUCCCUGCAAUUUCGCGGACCAGAUUCAGGGAGCUCUCCUGCUGUUGCAGGGAACGGAAGACGUGUGCGUACCUGUGGCACAGGCAAGAAUGAUGGCAGACGCUAUGAAGACCCAUGGACGGGUAGCAGAAGUCAUUGAGUUCGAGGGCGAAGGUCAUGGUUGGGAAGGCGAAGAUGCUAUUCUCGAGUCUUUCGUGCGGACCGAGGAGUGGUGGAAGCGCCAUCUGACUUGA